CCAUGCACCACCAACUUGCAAAUUGCCAUCUUCGCUUUCUCAGCUGGUACGAACCCAACAAUGGCGCCCUCCCCACGAGCCAUGCGUAGCCUGAGCCCCCUGUACUAUCUCCUCCUCCUUAUCGACGCAGCCAUGGCCGCGGCGGACCCCUGGUCCACCGACUGCCCGAGCGACGCAAACUACACCCGCGGCGGCGUCUUCCAGGCCAACCUCGACGCCCUCCUCUCCGUCCUCCCUGCCUCCGCGUCGGCCGCGUCCGGAUUCGCUAAAAAAGCCACCGGCGUAGCGCCCGACGAGGCGUACGGCCUCGCACAGUGCCGCGCCGACGUGAGCGCAUCCGACUGUCGCACGUGCCUUGACGCCUCGGUGCGGGACGUGGCCACCAAGUGCCCCGGCCAGAAAAGGUCCGUGCUCUUCUACGACGACUGCUUCCUGCGCUACUCGAACGUGAGCUUCUUCGGCGCCGCCGACACGUCGUGGCAGGCCCACUUAUGCAACCGAGACAACGCGACGCAGCCUGAGCUGUUCAAGACGCAGCUGGGCGCGCUGAUGAGCAACCUCAGCAGCAGGGCAGCAUCGUCCCUCCGAUUGUUCGCGGUCGGCACGGCCGACUUCACGCCCUUCGCGAGGAUCUACGGCAUGUCCCAGUGCACGGGCGACCUCGCCAGCGACGACUGCAACUUCUGCCUCACAUUAGCCGUAUCGUCCAUCCCGACCACCUGCGACGAGAAGCAGGGAGGACGGGUCGCCUACCAGAGCUGCUCCAUCCGGUACGAGCCGUACGCCUUCUACAGCGCACAGGGCAUCGAGGCGGCUAUGUCCCCGCCAGCGUCACCGCCGCCGCCGGCACUAAACGGCAGCGAUCACUCCGGCCCUGCAGGACGCGCCGGAAACGACGACGCCAACGACGCCACAGCCAAGAUAGCUCUGUUCGUCUCCAUUCCUGUUGCUGUGGUGCUGUUGGUGCUGUUGACGGUUGCUUUGUAUCUCUGCAAGAGGAAGAACAAGAAACCACACGAACAUGUGCGGAUAUCCAACUCCGACAGUGAGGAUGGAACAGACAUGAAAAGCUCAGAGUCUCUCCUGUACGAUCUGAGCACUCUAAGAGCUGCCACUGACAACUUCUCUGAAGAAAAUAAGCUCGGGGAAGGCGGGUUUGGGCCGGUCUACAAAGGCACUCUCCAGGAUGGACAGGAUAUCGCGGUGAAGAGGCUGUCACAAACCUCCCAGCAAGGGCAAGUGGAGCUCAAGAACGAGGUUGUGCUGGUGGCCAAGCUUCAGCACAAGAAUCUGGUGCGCUUGCUCGGCUGCUGCAUCCAAGAGGAGGAGAAGCUCCUCGUCUACGAGUACCUCUGCAACAAAAGCCUCGACAAGAUUCUAUUCGAUCCUGCGAGGCGGCAGGAGCUUACGUGGGGGCAGAGGUACAGGAUCAUCCAGGGGAUCGGACGAGGCCUUCUUUACCUCCAUGAAGACUCGAGGCUGACCAUCAUCCACCGGGACCUUAAGGCGAGCAACAUCCUGCUAGACCCCGACAUGAACCCCAAGAUCUCCGACUUCGGCCUCGCCAAGCUGUUCAGCGUGGACGCCAGCGCCGGGAACACCAGCCAUAUCGCUGGAACCUAUGGGUACAUGGCGCCGGAGUACGCCCUGCACGGCAUCUUCUCCGCCAAAUCGGACGUGUACAGCUUCGGCGUCCUUGUACUGGAGAUCGUCGCGGGUCGCCGCAACAAUUUCGGCCAAUAUCCGGGCACAGACGGCGAAGAUCUUCUGACCACGGUCUGGAGGCACUGGAGCCGUGGGAGCGUGUCGGGGUUGCUCGACGGCUGCUCGGCCGACGGACUCCAGCCGACGGAGAUGCUGCGGUGCAUCCACGUGGGGCUGCUCUGCGUCCAGGAGGACGCGCACCUCAGGCCAGGCAUGGCGGCGGUCGUCGUCAUGCUCAACAGCCGCUCGAUUACGCUCCCUGUGCCGACGCCGCCGGCCUACGUCGUUUCGGGCCGCGCGGGUGCGAGGAGCAUGACGCGCGAGGCACAGGCUCCGGCGGGAGCUGUUCGUGGGCCGUAUGUCAACGACGCCUCCGCUUCUGACGUGGAGCCCCGGUGAACGGGCGGCCUGCAAAAUAGGGUGUUCUGGGCAUCCGUCCAAACUCCGUAUAUAGGCGAUUGUGUUAAGUCGUUUAUUUUAUUUUUUUAUUUAAAAAAGUCGUUUAAUUUUUCAACAGAAAUGCUAUUUUUUAGUCUACCGAAAACAACUCGUCUUAAGUUGUUGUAAUCAUUGAUAUAGUCACUCAUUCUUUUUCCU